GUUUAGGCUGACCGUGAGACGAGUGUCAGGAACUUUGUGCUCGUCUCGUGUCGUGAAAGAUAUCAAGUCGGUGGUGAGUGCCACUUGACCGGUCGUCGGCUAUCUCUUUGUGCCCUGUUCCACCUUGCUGGUGUUCGCCUAGUUCAGUCAUCUGACUUCUCUGUUGGGAGCCUCAAAUUGCCUUUUCCGAGAUUGGAGGCGACAUAUAUUCUCGAUCGCCGUCUUGAGGGAAUUUAAUCGCCUCAGAGGGAAACCCCAGUUUCUACAGCUUCGUAUCCUAAAGCCAAGAUACACCAGCGGUCGCACAUCAACCACAAAAGAUUUAAGCACGAGUAUCCUCAAAUUUGAAGCAUCCGCACGCAAUCAACAUGUGUUUUGGGGGAUAUAGAGAUGACGACCGGGUGAUUAUUCGACGACGAGAGUACCGUCCAUCACACUCAAGGUCGCGUGAAUAUGUGUCGCGGCCAGAAGUGGCGACAUACCGACGAGAAACGGUGACGCGCCGAUCGACAUCGGCGCAUCGACCCAGCCAUGAUCAUCAUCGGCACCACCACAACGAUCAUUUUGAUCACCACCAUGAUCACCACGAUCAUCACCAUGACUCGCCGCGACGCAGUGGGAGCCGAACACGCAUUGUGAGGGAGGAGCGAAGGAGCCGACAAUACAGCUGAUGAGUGACGAUUCACGACGAUGAUGAUGAGAAUGAUAAUGAUGAUGUGAUGGAGACUUUGAGAUUUCUCGACGCCAUGUUUACUGAUGAGACAUGAGUCCGGUCCUUGUAUCUACAGCAGAUAUUUUGGCUUCUUUGUUUGUAUAAGGAGAAAAUGUGAUACUUGAGAGAUUAUGAACAGACAUGCAUCUAAGAAUAAGUGCCUCUAGUACCUAUGGACAAGAAUCUUGAAAAUGAUGUUGAUGAUGGGGGACGACGAUGGUUUGGUGUUGGUAGGCAAGCAACCAACUGUUGGGGCUGAGAUGCCUUCAGUUAAAGGGUUCUACUUAGGUGUGUCGACUGCCUUCAAACAGGCACGAAUUAGGUCAGGAUAUACUUAUUAAGUUAC